AUGGUUUUGAAUAAAAAAGAUGCAAUUCAAAUUAUAAAGAAAUAUUUUGAAACUGCAGAGCUCAAUUCAAAAAUUAGAUGGGAUGAAGCUGCAAGGCUUCUGGGACCAGAUGCACCACACGAUGCAUUCAAAGUAUUGAGCACAGGAGAAAAACGCCAGUUAUGGUCUGAAUACCAAAGCCAAUCUAAAAGAAGAAAAAGAGAAAGGGAAAGACAAACAAAAUCAGAGUCUAUAAAUACCUAUUGUAGCUCACUAAAUGAAUGGGUGCUUAGAAAUCAAGGCUGCAAUCGUAUUUUACUAUUUAGAAAUUUUGCAGAGGAUCACUACAAAUCAAUUUGGUGGAAUAAUAUUGAAGACAAAGAAAAGGACGAAAUCUUUCAGGAAAUAGUUGAGGAGCAUGAAAGAAAUUUUAUCAACGUUCUUAAACCAAAUUAUGAAAAAAAAGUGAAUGAUUUUUUUGAAUUAUUGAAAUUAGAGUCCGAUAUAUUUCCAUCAUUUGAACCAAAUAACGCGGAGAAUUUGAUGGCAAAGAACGUAGAGGAUAUUGCAAAGAAGAAUUUUACUGCAUUCGGUAUAUGGGAAGACAUUCAAAAAAAGUAUGGAAAAGAACAGUUGUUUAAUGAAGUAUACAAGAAUGACAUAAUAGAUAUUUAUAUCCGUUUAUUAAAAGAAAAAAUUACCAUUUACAAACAAGGAUGCUUAAAGACAGAGAUUCAGUUGUGUAAGUACAGAAGAAUGUUUUGGGACAUAAUUUGGAGUGAUAUACUUUCUGGAAAGAUAAGUCCAAUUACAAAGAAUAGAAAGAAUUAUUUUUUUACAAAUUCAAAAAUUAUGGAUGAAAAAAUUGAGACACUAUGUAGAAUAAUAUCAAAACGAAUUAGACAUCAGAAAUCUGAAAGUUAUUUUGAAUAUUUUGAAGAUUUCUUAAAAUUUAUUGGGUUUCAUUUAUCAAUUAGAAAGGACCAGGAAGUCAUUUUAGCCCUUCUCAAACAACCAAUGAAUAAUGGAAUGAAUUUAUAUUGUAUUGAUAUGUUUGAAUAUAUAGUAUAUCUGUUACAAAAGCUAUAUGAUAUAAUUUUAUCAGAGUCAUAUAUUUACUUUAAAUCGUCAGAAAAAAUUCAAAUAUCUUUUCAGCAGUUUAAAGAAAUUACAUAUAGUAAUCAGAAUAUAAUGGAUUUCAAAACAAAAUAUAUAUUCCCAUUUAGUUUUGAAUCUGUACUAGAUAAAAUACUGUAUAAAGCGUAUUGUGAUGAAUUUAAACAUUAUUCGUUAAGCUCCCUGUUAAAAAGAAGUUAA